AUGUACUACAAACACAUUUAUUUUAAGGCGUAUGAGGAAAUUAUACAUCCAAUGCAUGAUGAGAGUUUAUGGGGUCUAGUUCUUGGAGAUGAGUUGAAGCCUCCACCUCUUAAGAGGAUGCCUGGAAGACCUAGAAAAAGUAGGAGAAGAGAAGUUGAUAAGGCUGCACCAUCAAAAAGACCAUGCACUGUGAAGUGCAUCAUUUGCAAAGGGAUUGGGCACAAUAAGAGGACAUGCCAGAGGGCACCUAUUAGGGGUAGGGAAAUGGGAACAAAUGAGUCUGCUCAGAGAGGAAUUGGUACUGUUGUUAAAAGGAGCACUAUUGGAAGGUUCACAGCUACUAAGAGGAGCACUGUUGAUGUAAGAUCAAGGACAAGAUGUGGUGCUUCCAACUCAAUGGAGCAUGACUUGAACCAUAGGAGGAAGAAGAAGGAAGAGAAGAGAGAUGACAAGAGGAAGAAGGAAGAUAAGAGACAUGACAAGAAGAAGAAUGAGGGAGAGACGAAGAAUGCGAUGGUGAGAAGAAAAAGGAGGAGGAGGAAAAGGAAGAGGAGGGGAGGAGAGGAGAGGUGCGAUGGUGGUGGUGAGUAA